AAUUGAAUCUUUCUGGCGUUGAAUUUUUACAAAAUAAGAUGGCAAUAUUGGAAGAAGAUAUAUCUUUCAUAUCCCUCGUAAAUACUGUUUAAUAACUAACUCAGAAGUAGUGUGAGACAAAAUGUCAGCUGACAUUAGUUUGUUCGAUUUGGUGAACCUGUCGAUCGGGACACCUGAAGUUGGAGCUGUCAACUUCAAUGCGUUGCAUACCCUCCUCCACGCUAUCCUGGGACACCUGAAAAUCCAAAAUGUGACCACCGGCUGGAGAGAGCAGGAUGCCCCGCCACAGGAGCCCCAUGGCCCGCAUCUGACCAAGUCCUCUAGCCCGUACCAUCACAUGGAAGACAAACUUCGGCAGAUCGAGAGACAGAUGGCCGCGCUGGAGAACCUUCCUAGCGGUACCGAUCUUCUGAGCCGCACUGCCUCAACCACAACACCGGUCAACGACUUGUGGCAGCUGAUGCAGCUCCGCCGCAAGGCUCAGGCGAGUGAGGACGGCGUGUCCAAGUCUAUGUCGCUGAUCCAGGAUCUGCUGAAGGAGAUCCAGGACCUGAAGGAGUCCAGAGACGACCUGAAGAAAGAGGUCAAGAGCCUCCAGAACCAACUCAACCAGCUGAAUAUGAGUGAGCUGGUUGACAGAAUCAACGAAGUGGAACAGUACUGCCACCGACUGGACAACCUGGACUCUGCCACCAAAGAGCUGCAGGACAGAGUUGGGCGUUACCCAGACCCAGACGAGCUCAUCCAGUGUGUGACCUGGGACAUCAUGCAGACCACCUUGGUUAGCGAGCAACAGAAUCUGCAAAAGGCAUGUCUUAUGUCUUGCUUGAAAGAGCGAGAUUCCUUUAUCAAGCAAUCAUAUACAAGACAUAGGAAUAGACAUUAG